UUUAUCGUCUGCGGUCCCACUGGCAAACAGAAAACAAGUUUUUAUUUUGAUCUUAAAAAAUUCUUAAUAAUGGGCGACUAUGACUCUGAUGAUGAGAAAUCACAGGUGGAGAAGCUGCGGUACGCCAAGGUGCCUCGCGGAAUGUUCGUCAGCGGCUGGGACGACGAUGCCGACGAAUUAAUUGAGGAGGACAAGAAUCCGCAGUCUAGCAUCGAGCGCAUGAUCCUGUGGGCCGUCAGCGAGAAUCGGCUAAGCGAGGUGCGUGAGAUUCUUCGUUUGGAUGCGGACACUGUUAAUGCCCGGGACAACGAUGGAUACACGCCGCUGCACCGUGCUGCCUACAACAAUUUCGUGGAUAUGGCAAAGCUCCUGCUGCAGUACCGAGCCAAUCCCAAUGCUCGCACGGAACUGGGCUGGACACCCCUCCAUUCCGCCUGCAAGUGGAACAACGCGGACUGUGCCCACUUGCUGCUACAGUUCGGUGCCGAUGUGAAUGCCGAGUCGGAUGGGCAACAGACGCCGCUGCACAUAACUGCCACCGUUUCGAAUUGCCGUAACACCGCUACCGUACUGCUGCUGGACCGGAAUGUGAAGGCCCGCAAGGAGAACAACUCGGAGGAGCUGGCCUCGGUCAUAGCACGUCGCACAGGUAUGAGCUUUCCCAUCUUUGAGUGCGGCGAAGAGGCGUAUGACUGUGACACGGGACUGAUAGAAUAACUGAAACAGCCAUAAAUGUGCAUACUUAUAGAAUAUAAACCUUUGAUUAUUUUAUAAA